AUGAGAUACUCCCAGGGUCCCCAGACCGUGGCAGCGCGCCAAGCAGAGGACAAGGAGCUGUACCCACACGUCCCACUGCACACCCCCUUCAACCUGGACGUCAGCCGAUCCCAGCAGCUGAGCAGGUUCUACCAGCUGACCCAGCAGCACCGUGAGUUUUACCGGGACAAGAGCGGGGCGAUGCAGAUCGUUCCUUACUUUGUGCUGCCUGCGAAGGAAAAGGAGAGACAUCCUCAUCCGCUCGACCUACCACCGCUCAGCACGAAGACCCGCUGGCGUUUGCUGCGAGUGUCACCGAUGAACCUGCAGACCUACCAGACCUUCCCCUCGGGGAAGAGGGUCACGUCCCGGGAGAGAGCCAUCCGAGACAGCUUUUUUGAGUGCCGAGCCUAA